CCGUCACUUUCGUUCUUUCUCGUGUCUCUCGUCACUGCUCUCUCUCUCUCUCUCUCUCUCUCUCUCUCUCCACUCCAACCCGAGAUCAGACUUAGGGUUCAAGCUCAGAGCGAUCUUUGCAGUGCCCGAUCUUAGAAGCGAUCUCAAUUGCGUGGUGCAUUUCGGUUUCGGCAUCGUGAGCGUAUCUUCCAGAACUAAUCUGAGUUGGCGUAAGCUGAGUUGGAGCCCUAACCAGCAUGGGUUAUGAUAAUGACUGCAUAGUGAAUAUCCAUUCUAUCCCCGGUGAAUAUUUCUGUGCUGUAUGCCGUAUGCUCAUUAUUCCAAACGAGGCUUUACAAGCACACUGCGCACAUUUAUACUGUAAACGGUGCCUAGCUUAUCUUGUAGCCACUACUACUGCCUGUCCUUAUGACAGCUAUACUGUGACUGAAGCAAGCUCUAAGCCUCUGGUAGAAUCUAGCAAAGAACUUGUAGAGGCCAUUGGCAAAGUAGCUGUACACUGUCUUUAUCGCAGGUCCAACUGUCAGUGGCAAGGAACAUUGGCUGAAAGCAUGGCCCACUGCGCCAAAUGUAACUUUGGUAACUCUCUUUUCUUGUGCAAUCGAUGCGGAAAUCAGAUUAUGCAUCGGAAAGUGCAGGAGCAUGCACAAAUAUGCCUUGGUGUUUUUGGUCAUGCACAAGUUGUUGAAAAGUCUCAGGCUCAAGAUGCCACAGUUGCAACGGCUACAAUCAGGCUGGUAGGAGCAGCGUUGGGCAAUCAACAAGCGGCGCUGCGGCUGCCACUGCUGGGCUGCUUCUGGGCGUUCAACUAG